GGAAGCGCAAUGAGUUGUCUGCUGCUGCAUGUUGAAGCAAGCAAGCUCUGUCCCCAAACAUAGACGGUUUAUUUCAGCUGUAACAUCAGCAGCAACAGUCACAGAUGUAAAACCAACAAUAGCUCAGUUAAGGGACAAACACCUGGCGCUCUCCAGGGUCUCCAGCAAGGUGAAGCAGCCAGAUUUUAAAUUUCAUGUCUUUGUUUUAUUGCGCGUUUUGUUUAUUUAUUUUAAAUCCAGCUGGAUAAAAUAAACGUGUUUUUUUUUUUUUCCUUUAUGCUGAUGUUAAAUGUGUUAUGUUUACUAUUACAGUAAACUAUUGAUCUGCAACAAGUACUUAAUAUUUAAUCUGCUCUAGUGUUUGAAGGGUGGUCAUUUUGUGAUGACACAUAUUGAACAGCAUUCAAAGCCACAACGCAACGUUAUUAUUAUUAUUGAAAGAGUUGAGUUUUGUUUUUAUUAUUAUUUUUUGAAAGAGCUGAUUUUUUUUUUUUUUUCUCAACGAUGGAAGAUUACGUUUUACCAGAUUUUAAGGACAUCGAGACAAAGGUGGGGCGCAGAGUUCCUGAAAGUCUUGUCAGAUCAUUCAAAGAGCGUCAAGAGACAAGGGACGAAAUACCUGCUUUAUCAACUACCUUAGUGAACGUGUCUGAAUCGAGUGCACUGAAAAGCCUGGGGACCAAGAUGCAAGUUUUAAAGCAAGAGAUGGCUCAUCUCAGGGCGAUAGACAUCAAGCUGAUGCACCAGUUGCUCUCAAUUAAUGAAGGCAUUGAGUCAAUCAAGUGGAUGAUGGAGGAGAAGGGUGCCAUAGCAAGCAGAGAGAGCAGCUUAGCCGGCAGUCUGUACAGUCUGUCAGAGAGCCAGGACACAUCUCUCCGAGGGAGCUGCAACAGCUUACAGGAUGGCAGUGACGGACUCGAUGGCAUCUCAGUUGGCAGCUAUCUUGAUACCUUGGUGGACGACAUUCCAGGCCAUACUUCCCCAUCAGAUCUAGAUCACUUCUCAGACGGACCAAUAAUAGAUUCUUUCGAAAGGCCUUCUUUGUAUAAAAACACUAAAAUCGAUUCUGAUGAGUACUACUGUUUUGGGAUGUGAAGAAGUUGAAAUAAAGAUAACAAACAUAUGCUAACUCUCAUCUUAUUCUGUUUUUUUUUUAAUGUUUAGUGCUCUUGCUGCUCGUUUUGUUUAUUUACGGUCUGUAACAGGGACCAGCCUUUAUAUGUACAUGAUGUAUUAUACAAAGACGAGCCAUUGACCUGUUUUGUUUAAUUCCUUUUGUUUCAGUCCUCUGUGCCCAGCUAAUUAAGCUGAUGCGUGGGUGUUUUUCCAUUUGCAAUGCUGGUUUCAAAUGCAGUUGUGAAGGAAACCAAUGUUUAUGCCAACAUACUGUACUGCAUUUUAAAACAUGAUGUCUGACUUUCUGAAAGUCUGUUUCACUGCCUUGUUCUUUUCAGUUUAACAGUGUAUUUGUGGUUGUGGCUUCAAAGCAUGUUAGUCAGUAGGAGAAGCUGCUGGUUAGUUAAUGGCAGAAACCGAGAUCUCAAAGGGGUGGGGCAAAUACACACUGAAGGCGAAAUGGGCAAGGAAGUGCAUGUCCUACCAGAUAUCAUGUUUUAAAUAAAACGCAUACUCUUCCGAAAACUGCACAUUUUAGAACAUGUAGCAAAUGUGAAUAGUGCAGACAUUUACAGAUGUGCUAGACUGUCUUCCAACUUGGGUUGUAAAUAAUCUUUUAUAAAAUCCUUUGAAAGGAGCAGAUGUAACCAUUUGCAAGUGGAUAUUGUCAUUCAGAUUGAUUGUCUGUCAUUAUGAAUACUGAUUAUCGUAUUUAUUUUUAAAUUCUGGGAAACUAAGUGGGGAGCAGUGUGCAAAAAUUCAAUCUUAACUAUUGUCUGUGAAGACGUCAGUUAUACUUAAAGCUUGUGAUUUUCGGUUUUAACUGAUAAGAUGAUAAAACAAAAAAAAUUUAAUUGUUGUAUAGCCAAUAAACACUGGAAAAAAACCAGAAAAACAGUGGAAAUAGUUACUCAAUUCACGUUGACCGCUUCUUUUCCACUAAAAAGUAAAACCUACUCCAAAAAACAAACAAAAAAAACCUUUCCCAGUGCACUG